GAGGAGGAAAAAGAAGAAGAAGAAGAAACAGCAGCAGCCGCUGCCGCCGCGGCAGAAAAGAAAGCAAAAGCCGCCCGAGGGCUCGGAGCCGGCGGCGCGGCAUCCGCGGGGCUGCGCGGCCAUGGCCCGGGAGAACGGGGACGGCGGCGGCUCCUGGAAGAAGCAGGCGGAGGACAUCAAGAAGAUCUUCGAGUUCAAGGAGACGCUGGGGACGGGUGCAUUCUCUGAAGUUGUUUUGGCUGAAGAGAGAGCAAGUGGAAAACUCUUCGCAGUCAAAUGCAUUCCCAAGAAGGCACUGAAGGGAAAGGAAAGCAGCAUAGAGAAUGAAAUUGCAGUGCUGAGAAAGAUCAAGCAUGAAAAUAUAGUUGCUCUGGAAGACAUCUAUGAGAGCCCGAACCAUUUAUAUUUGGUCAUGCAGUUAGUGUCUGGCGGAGAGCUCUUUGACCGCAUUGUCGAGAAGGGGUUCUACACGGAGAAGGACGCCAGCACCCUGAUCCGGCAGGUCCUGGACGCUGUGUACUACCUGCACCGCAUGGGCAUCGUGCACAGGGACCUCAAGCCUGAAAACCUGCUUUACUACAGCCAGGAUGAAGAGUCAAAAAUCAUGAUCAGUGACUUUGGAUUGUCGAAGAUGGAGGGUAAAGGAGAUGUGAUGUCCACAGCCUGUGGAACUCCUGGCUAUGUUGCUCCUGAGGUGCUGGCCCAGAAGCCCUACAGCAAAGCCGUGGAUUGCUGGUCCAUCGGGGUCAUCGCCUACAUCCUGUGGACAGUGUCAAUCUUCAGAAACAAGAUCCUUAAGGCAGAAUAUGAGUUUGACUCUCCAUACUGGGAUGACAUCUCCGAGUCUGCUAAAGACUUUAUUCGGAAUUUGAUGGAGAAGGACCCUAAUAAAAGAUACACCUGUGAGCAGGCAGCACGGCACCCUUGGAUCGCUGGAGAUACAGCACUCAACAAAAACAUCCACGAGUCCGUCAGCGCUCAGAUCCGGAAGAACUUUGCGAAAAGCAAAUGGAGACAAGCGUUCAACGCCACGGCAGUCGUGCGGCACAUGAGGCGGCUACACCUCGGCAGCAGCCUGGACAGUGCCAGUGCCAGCGUGUCCAGCACCCUCAGCCUCGCCACGCCACUCCCCGACGCAGCCACACGGAAAGAUUGUAUGUCUCCAUCCACUCUCUGUAGUUUUGUUUCAUCUGCUUCUUCAGGCGUUUCUGCGGUAGGAGGGGACCGGAGACCCAGACCCACCACAGUGACCACAGUGCACACAGGGAGCAAGUGAGCGCCGGGGCGGCGAGGAGCGGGCAGGCGGCCUCGAGCCGUCCCACCCUGCUCGGCCAAGGACUAGAAGAAAGAAGAUUUUUUUAUGGCCAUAUUUUAUACUGCAAUUCUGAAAUGUUUCAUUUAUCACAAACUGCAAUGACUCCAGGAGGAACGGAAUCUAACAGUCUCUGGUGCUGUACAUAUAUAUACAUAUAUAUAUAUCUAUAUAUAUAAAUAUAUAUAUGUAUGUGAGUCUAGCAAUGUUCUAACUAAUGAACACUCAUUCUUUCCCCCAGUGAUUUACUCUCUUCUCAGUGUAGGUAACAGUAUAUGUUGUAUUUUUUUCCAUUAACUACAAACAUCUCAACUGGAUUAUUUAAAUAGAAAUACUUUUCUGAGCAUUUUUUUUUUUCUUUUAAAAAUUACUUCAAGUAAUGUCCCUCUUCCAGUUUGCUGGGGGAUAGGCUAUUUCUGUAGGUAGGAAUUGGCAUUAACUUUGCAACAUGGGAGGAUUUCAAUGGCAUGCCGUUUCUUGCUCCUCAAAUUGGACUGCAAGUCUGUCUGGCUUUAGCAGAGCUGUAACUGCUCAGAUUAAGAAACUGCUGCUUUCCCCUCCAUCCUCCUCCUUGAAAGCCAUGGGGAGAAUUAAAUUGCCACCAGCUGGGAGUUAGUUCAUCCUUGGCCUCAUUCCUGAUGUGCUGGGGAUCAGCACCCUUGUUUCAGAGGAGAGGCAGGGACAUGGAGUCAGGCAGGAGCUGACCAGAGCUGUGCAAGGGAAAUGAUAACACAGUCUCAUCCUGCAGCUCCCAUCUCCUUUGACUUGCUGUGUGUUGUGAGCAGAGGGAAAGAAAAGGAAGAUAUGGGGGUGGGAAUCAUCAUCUUCUGCCACUGAUUUGCUGUGCUGCCCUCAAGCAAGACAUUUAAUUCACCAGCCUCCCUGUAGUGUGGCCUCUGGCAUGGAGUGCAUCCAGCCCAAGGGCUCCAUGAGAUUCUGAGCACCCACAGCUCCUUCGGGCUUUGCCUGGCAUUGCUGAUGCUCAGCACCUCCCAGAGUAGCCAGAAGUGGGGAGAGGAGUGGUGCUUGAAGCUCUCUGUAAAGCACUGGCAGGUUCUUGGGUGCAAAUUGCAGGAUCUGGUGUAGUGUAGCUCCAUCAUGAUCAGGCUGAGGGCUGACAAGGAGUGCUGAACUGGGAAAGCAGGACCCUGCUGGAAGGCACAGGCACAGCUGGUGGCAGGGGUGGCUCCGGCUCUCCUUCCUCCCCAGAGACUCAUAUACCAAAGGAAGCCAAAUUUUUACCCAUUUUUUAAUUACUGAAUGCAUGCACUUUCCAGGCUCUUUGUGCUGGUGCAUCGUUCAGGAAUAGCCACCACAACUGUUGUGCUGCUGUGCAUUAAAGCAGCUUGAAACAAAGAAGAGAGCAAAUUUUCCUAAUUUGCUAAAAGGCUCCCUCCAGGUUACCUCAAUGAAAUUCCCAUCUGAUUUUGCUUCGAGGAGGUGAGAGGGGAGGCAGGUGGCAGAGGAAGGUGCCCUUCACUGGGCACUCUGAGCCCCUCCCAACCCAGACAGGUCCAUCCCUGCCAGAGGCACAAUUCCCUGCAGGGUGCUCUGUUGCCACACUUGCCUCACUUGUCCUGCACAAGAAAUUGUGAAAUCCAGUCACAGACAGAGCUGAAUGUAUCAGGCAAUAGUGCCUGUGCUGGGAAAAGCCAUAAGAUAGGUAUUUUUCAUCGAGGUUUCUAUAUCCUGCUCCAGCUUUAGCUGGUUGGCUUCACACAGCAGAGCCGGGAUUUCAUCCAUCUUUCUAAAAAAAAAGGAAAAAAGAAACCUGGAAAAGCAGGUGGCAGUGAGCCCUGCCUCUGUUUGAAAUAGCCACUCCAGUGGCACUUAGAGCUGUUGCACCAGAUCUCUAGUUUCCUCUGUGCUAAGUUGCUCCCUGUUUUCAGAGGGCUGUGGCACGUCUGAGGGAGCCCCGGGUGCUGCAGCUGCCAUGGAUGCUCACACAGAAAAGACAUCAACUUCUCGUUUUAGGAAAGAUAGCAGAUACUGAACUGUUGGGGGCUUAUAUCAAAACUCCAUAUAAUUUCCACAGUGAAGACUUCUGACCAAGAUUUGGGCAGACUGAAGGGCAGGGGAUCUCCUUGCUGCAAAUCACACUCCUGUCCCUGUAGCCCGGCCAUUGCCAUCAUACACUUUUUAUCAGCAUUUGCAUCUGAGCUCAUUAUGUCUUGCUGCAAAAACAUUAAAACAUGAAUAGAACGCAUUUUAAACUCAGUCUAAGGCCACUUUAUUUGACCAGCCUGAGUAAGGAGGUUUUAGUUUUGAGAGACUCAAACCCCAAAGAAAUUCAAGGUAUUUCGAACCCCUGUGAUUUCAUAAGCACAGUUGGCUCUAUUCUGCUGCAGCUGCAGGUUGUAAAUAGACAGUCUCCCAGUCUGGCAUCAGUGGAGUUCCCCAUAUUUACACACAUGCAACCAAAAGCAGGAUUUAGUUAGGGAGUAAUUGUCUCUGGAAUAAUUUAGGGGAAAAAAAAUAAAAUAGGGAAUAAUUUUGUCUCUGUAGAGCAAUUUUAAAGUUUAGGGCUCAAGUGUUCCCUCUGUGCCUCCUCUUCUGAAACCUGAGGUCUGGUUUGAACGUGACCUCAGCAGUUGCUGUGGCCACUGAUCAAAAUACAACAUCCAAAUGAAUCUUGUAGAAAAAAGAAAAGAAAAUGGAUUUCCAUCUCCAAAACAAAGAGCAGUGACAGGAGCAAAGGCAGACGUGCUGUCCUGCAGAUGUGGGGGGGUUCCCAUGCGCUGGCUGCCCCUCCUUGCUGGGUGCUUUCUGUGGUUUUUUGUUGGGAGGGUAUUUUUCCUUCCAUUUUUGGAAUUAGUGUGAUUUGGUUUUGUUUCUGCAAGUAAUAUUCUGCCUUGGUUGUGUAAUUUAUCAUUCUCUUUGGCUUGCUAUCAACUGCUGGGAUCGUAAGAUAAGAAACAGAAGCACUUAAGAGCAAAAUUGUUUCUUUCUGCUGCAGUUUUGGUGGUGGGGAGCUCUUCUUUGGUAUCAGUGAAACACAGCUGGAGACCUGACCUAGGUUCACCAAAUGCUUAAAGAUCUCUCCUGAAGCAUCACUUGGUUAAAACGUCCCAGUUUAAAUCUGGGUAAAUCUGUUAACAGGGGUUACCUGGCAGCAGCCAGGCCAGAUCUGUGGGAGGGGGCUGGAGACAUUUGCCCCUUGGCAGCACAGCCUGUUAGGGCAAACACUCCAGCCUUCUGGCCAGGGAUGCUCCAGUGCUUUUGCAUGUCCUUCCUCUGCCCCAGCCUGCUUCUGCUCAGCCACCAUCACAGGAGAACGGUAAAUAAUGUGGACAUGAGGGGAAUGGCCUCAUAGCCCCACAGUAGAAGCUUCAAAACAAAUCCCCAGCUGGCCUUGCCAUGAAGGACUAGGUAGAAAAAUCACUCUGGGCUCUUUUCCAAUGAACUGUCCCACUAAACAAUCUGUGAUUUGCUGCUUGCAUGAGGACUUCAGCCUGGACUCUGUUUGUUACCCUUUCCUGCUUUACCUUACUGGUACCGAUGUGUUUUUCCUUUGUAAAUUGUUUUCCUCAGCUCCUUCCCCUUCUUUUUCUUUGCUUGCAGCUUUGAUUGUUGAUUUUUACCUCCAGAGUCACAGAGGCCAUCUCUGAUGCCAACAGUAGUGCUCUUGCUGGGAAAACAAAACAAAACAAAACAAAAAUCCAGAAAAGCUCCAGCUGGCCCCUUAGCCUGCAGAAGAAGUUGUGAGGACAGGCUGCCCAUGAACUCUGCAAGCUGAAAGUCAGUAUUGCAGUGGCAAGGGCUUCUGCUGAUGAUUUUGCAUGUGACUUCAUUCUCAGUGCAUCCUAACUUUCUGCUGGAUCACCCCUUCUGCAGCAUGAAAUGGAUAUUGGCCCUGCAACAUGGCUAGUGGGGAAGUAGGAGUGUGGGGAAAACCUGGCAGUGUUGCUUUCCUGAGACUGUGUCACUCUGCUGCUGCUGCUGUCUCUUCUGUCCUGGUUGCUGCUGGUGCCAUUAGAGUAGUGGGUACAAAAAAAAAAAAAGAAAAAAAAAAAGAAGAUUUUACCUAUGCUUUGUGUGUCUGUUAUGGUUGUGGUGCUGAAAUAAAACCAAGAAAUUUGGUUCAUAGUUCUACAGUAGGCACUGGAUAUGGGUUUCUGCUGUGAGUGUGUCCUGCAUACCUCCAUGACCAUUGACGGUAUUUUUAUUUAUUACCAAUUAUUUUUGGUCCCUGCCUGGUUCUGAUGAAAUUCAGGUCUUAUCCUAAGGUUUUUUCUGUCCCAGGGCCAGCAUAACCCCUGAUCUCAGGCUUUGCUUCCCAAACUCUCUGCAUACCAGAACAUGGGCCUCCAGGGUGCCAUGAAAUGCAGUUGCAGCUGGCCCCAAGGUUGUCCCCUUCCUAUUUUUAGGGAAGCAAUCCACCAGAGAAAGCCAGAUAGCUUCCAGCCAUUGGCAAGCAGAGAGGAUAUUGCCCUUUGAUGUGAACUUGGCAUUAACAAGAUCAGCUCUAGGGAAACCUGCACUAUUACUUCCUCCUGUGAUAACAGCUCCAGUCCUGAGCAGCACUGAAUGAGCACCAGAUAAAGACACCAGAUUGACUUUGCCAGUAAGAUCGUGCAGGCUGUAGCCUGUUCCUUUUGCUCUUUCCAAAGAAUCAAGGGAUUAAUCUACUGGUAAAAUAAGUUUCUAGGCUGAGCCCCAAGGUACAGAAGUAGCUUCCAUUCGGCAUAUGGAAAUUCUCAUUUGAUGCAGUUAUUCCUGUUCUAGCUUCCGUGCAUAUUUACCUCUCUGAAUUUGGGCCUGAAUGCAUCCCAGAAAUUAUUAAUGGAAGGGAGUUUUGCCUUCCAUAUUGUGCUUAUUUGCACCAGAAACUUGAACACUCAUUCAAGCAAAAAGCAGAAACACACACGGAGACUACAGUAUCCAAGGAAAACAGCAUCAAGACCAAGAGGGGAGGAUUAGUUGGCAAAUCACAGUCAGCAACGGCUGAGUGAGGGAACAGCAACCCACUCACAAACACUGCAUGAACUCGUUUCCCCUGGUUAACCAGUCAUCCCAUAUUUCAUGCCCAGCAGCAAGUUUCACUCAAUCCCCUUUGUUUUCCCUCACAUCCCUGAAGCCAGGUCCUGCCUUCCCACCCUGUCUGCGAGGUGCUCUGGUCUCUGUGACACACGUGUGUGUUUGUGUGUGCACGUGCGUGUUGUGGUCCCAGGGAUCACAGAUCCCUCUGGUGGGUGAUCAGGAGUUGGUCCUGGAUUUUUGGUGUAACUUUGCACAGUUGGGUCAAAGCUAUGUAAAUAGUGUUUGUAGUGCAGGAGGCUCUUUAGCCUGGACUCUGGUUUUCAAGAUCCCCUUCCCCACCACAAAUAGUGCCACUUAUCUGUCCAGGUAGCUUUUUUUUUCCCUUCCUCUUCAUAAAUGCUAAGGUCAGUCAAAUGGCUCUUACAGUCUUUCCAUGCUCCAGAGUGGAAUCAGGGCAUGUGCGCUCACAAUUGUUGUGAAAAAACACUGCUGAGCUAAUGAUGGCAUCAACUGUCCAAUAAAUGCAUGAUACUGCAUUGCAUGUAUUAAACUGCUGUUCACUGUUUCUGUAUUUCCCAAGCAUUUCUUUAUGCACAUUCAACCCAACCUUCUCUCUGAGGGAAUUACUUCUAUGUAUUGCUUUUAAAUGACUCAAUGUAUCUGUAACUCGAAAUCCAUUGUUAAGUUUAAGUAAAUGCAAAAGCUGAUGUUUUGUAAACAAGAUACUGCAAAGCCUGGUAAUGUAUUUUGUCCUUCUGUUGAGUGCCCUGCAGCAUGUAUAGGAAGAGUCACCAUCCAGAGCAGCUAAAAAUUAGGCAGCAGUCGCACAGGUGUAGAAGCAGGGAGCUGGGGAGGUGAGAAUCCCCUUUUUAAUACAAUGCUUACAAAUCUGAUCUGCAUCAAAACUUCCUUCCCUGGGUCACUAAUGCACAGAGCUACCAAGAAACACAUUGGUUUUGUUGUCCAAAUUGUGUCUGUUUUUUUCUUUUUUCCUUUUGGUUUGUUUUUCCUAGUGAAAAAUCAGAUUGGUUGACUCAAAAUCUUAGUAUUUUUCUCUUCCUACAAGAUAAUUCUUUCUCACCUGUUGCAGAAUGAACUGCAUUUUGGGGACCAAGAUGCUGUGAUUCUUUGCCUGCACAAAAUAGGGCAGAGGGCUGAGCUAAUUUUUCCCAUCCUUUCCAAAGCAUCACCAGCUAACUACUACCAUUUAAUCCCUGAACCUCCAAGUAAUAGCAUUUAUCCACAGAAGAGUUUGGUGUGGUACUUCUCCAUCUUCCACAUGGAAAUCAUGCCCUUGCCUUCUCUUCCCUUAGUCAUUGACCCAUUUUCAUCUGUGCUGGUCUUUCCAAGGCAGGGUACAGGAUGGCUCCAUGGUACUUGUAUUAGCUCCAGCCCAAACCUCAUGUGGGUAUCAGCAAGGCUUUGGUCCCAGCUCCUGAGUGGCUGCUGUGUGGAAGAUGCUCGAGUUCACAACACUCAAAGCAGAGUCGUGUGAAAGGACUGGGAAAUUGCUCUGUGCUCCUGGCAAGGCCAGGCCUGGGGUGCAAGCACCAUCCUGGUGGCAUAGUCCUUGGAAAUUAUUCUCCAUGGUGGCCAAAAACGCCAUGAAGUCAUGAGCCUCCCUUUAAGGCUGGUGCUCAGCCAGGGCUGUGCCAUUGGUGAAUCACUGUAUGGCAGCACAACAAAUCAUCAGUUACAGAUGUAAACCAGCCUGAGUUCAGAUUGCUGAGGCAGCACACGGUGCAAGGGUCCACGAGGAGUUGGGUGUGUGCUGUGGUUCCUGGUGGGUGGGAGACCCUAGGGGGUUUCUCAGAGCAGCUCUGAGCUUUCCCAUCUCUCAUCUUGCAUCCCCUGAGCCCAGCAUGGCAUCACAAAUGCUGAGUCUUACUAGAUCAAGCAUGACCCCCAAAGUGAAGAGUGUGGAAGGUUGCAGCUCAGUUGGUGUGACUCAUGUUUUGGUCAACACAUCAGUGACCUGCUGUACAUUGACCUCUAGCUGAGAAACAAUACUUUGGUCCAUUUGGGCCUUUUUUUAGAUAGAUAUUUUAUUUGAGUCAGAAAACAGUGGGGAAAAAAACCCCAAAAUGCUAGUCUGCCCAGAGCAGUGACUCCCCAAAUAUCCCCAACUGUAAAACAUCCCUCAGUUGACUUCUAAUGAAAAUGCAAGCAUGUUUUCUACAAAGGCUUAAAUCUUAAUCAAGGAAUGUCAGUGUGCCUAAUAUUGCAGGUCUUGUGAGUGAUAACAAGUUCAUAACAGCAUCCAUGUCCAAAAAGAAGGAAGAAUGUGUAUUUACUCCAUGCAUGUAUUAAGGCAUCGCAAAAGUUUUAUCUGCGUAAUGAGUUUGCAGUUCUGCAAAUUGUUAAUGGGGCUACAUCGCAAGUGGUUCUUUGCCUUGACAAUCAUGUAUACAUAUCGAGAUUUCUAUCAUAUUGACAAUUUAAAGGGAUGACUAAUUGUUUUCCUCCAAUAAAUCCAAUUAAAUCAG